UCAAGGAACUCAUAGAGAAGGGUCGGAUCCGGCCUAGAGUCUCCCCUUACAGAUCACCAGUCUUUUUUGUACCGAAAAAGGGGGGGACCUUGAGGAUGUGCAUUAAUUAUAGAGGCCUCAAUGCCAUCACUGUGAAGAAUGCAGAGCCCCUUCCGCGCAUCGAUAACUUGUUGGACCAAGUGCAAGGGUGUCGGUACUUUAGUAAGAUAAAUUUGAAGUCCGGAUACCAUCAGAUUGCAAUGCGACCCGAGAAUCAACACAAAACCUCAUUUCAAACCAGGUACGGUCUGUAUGAGUUUGUAGUGAUGCCUUUCGUCCCUUGCAAUUCUCCUGGCACCUUUCAGCACGCCAUGAACCGGAUCUUUCAUGACCACUUGGAUAAGUUUGUCAUCGUGUACCUCGAUGACAUACUUAUUUUCAGUAGGACUGUCGAGGAGCUUGUUGGCCAUUUAGCCAAAGUCCUUAGCCUCCUUCGACUGCACCAGUUCAAGAUCAACGGGGAGAAGUGUGAGUUUGGCCGCAUCCGAAUCUUGUACGUGGGUCAUGAGAUUUAUGGGGAGGGAUUGAAGCCCGAUGAUGGGAAGGUGGCCAGCAUUUCUGACUGCCCGUGUCCUCAGUCUGUGACUGAGAUGAGGCCCUUCUUAGGGAUGACCGGUUACUAUCGAAAUUUUGUCAAGAACUAUAGCAUAGUGGCCGCCCCGUUGAAAGACUUGACACGCCUCGACACCCCGUGGGAGUGGAAAGAUAGGUGUGAGGCAACUUUCAGACAUAUGAAGCAUGCCCUCACUCACCAUGAGGUCUUGACACUGCCCGAUCCAGACAAGCCAUUUGCUGUGACCACGCACUCCCGCCAAUAUGACAUUGGUGCCGUACUUGCGCAGCAGGAGGGGGAAACGUUGAGGCCGGUAGAGUACAUGUCCAAAAAGAUGCCCUCUAAAAAGCUGGUCAAGUCCACUUAUGAGAAGGAACUCUACGUGAUCUACAAAGCGUUGACUCACUGGAGGCAUUACCUUCUUCGUCUCUUCUUCUACGUCAGGGUUGAUCAUCAAACCCUGAGGUGGAUGAAGACUCAACCAGUACUCUCCGAUGCUCUGAAGCGAUGGAUCGAAGUCAUAGAGCAAUAUGACUUCGAGCCCCAGUACAUCAAGGGGGAGUACAACAAGGUUGCUGGUGCGUUGUCGCGUAGGCCAGACUUCCUCGGUGCGUUGGUUACUGAAUUUGGGCUUGUGGACAAUGUUACUCAGUCUAUGGUGGAAGCCUACCGCGAGGACACGUUUAUGGCCAAGAUCAUACGCAGACUCGAGGCAAAAGACAAAGCAACUGAUGACGAGUUCGUGUUGGUCAUCGACCUGCUGUUUCUUGAGAAGCCCGGGACGAAACGCUUGUGUGUUCCAAACCGGGAGUCUUUGUAUAGUUUAUUUUUUUAGGCGAGAGUCAUGAUGCCACUGAACAUUUUAGGUAUAGGAAGAUUGCAACAAAUUUGUUGCAGCGGUUUUGGUGGCCCACAAUGAUGAGAGAUGCGAAGCUAUUCGUGGAGACUUGUCAGGUGUGUCAGAGAGCCAAGCCACGUACACAGACCCCUCUUGGGCUUCUCAAUCCCCUUCCGAUUUCGGGAAGGCCCGGUGAGAGCCUGUUUAUGAAUUUCAUGGACACGCUGGUCAACAGUAAGAGCGGAAUGAGAUAUAUUUAUGUCAUUGUGGAUAGGUUUAGUAAAUAUGCUAGAUUAGU